AAAGAACAUCUUCUCUUCAGUAUUAUCAAAUAUUUAAUGUUCCAUACAGCACGAUGUCCCUAGCACUACAGCAAUGAAGAAAAAGGUUUCUCCCUUACUGUGAGACCAUUUGGAGGUGGAUUUUCACUGUGGACUUGCAUAACAGUCUGUGUUGAUACUGAUGGUGAAUGGACAUAAAACCCCCUACAUGUGAGAGGUCCAGGUGUUUACCUCAAGGGUGAGUAUGACAGCCAUGACUUCCUUUUUCUGGCCACGGAAAGGUAACUGGAAGGCAUCUGAAAGAGCCUUGUUUCCAACACUGAUGUCUCUCACAACCAAAGAGAUUGUGCAGAUUUGGGAUCAGGUGUCUCUUGAUGUUCAGCGGCAGUUGGCAUUGAGCAAGAGUGUUGAAAUAGUUGGACUGGGGACUUUUGCUGUUCAUACGCAAGAGCUACACAUAGGAAGAAAUGAUUGCUUGCUCAUUCACAGACCUGUAUUUCAAAUGUCCAACAUUAUCAGAAGAAUUUUUGAUCUUAACUAUGCUAAAAGAAUUAUGCUUGGUUCUACACUAGCUGUCCCAUUGGACUACACCACAAUUGCCCUGGAGACAUCUCAUUCCGUGGAUGCCGUGAAGAACUGUGUAAAUGAGACUGUGAUGUACCUCUCUCGCUGUAUCUCAAACGGACUGAAUAUUGACUUUGUUCUCAGGGACAUGGGUGUCCUUCUUAUCAGGCAAAAGAAAGUCAAAAUGAGGUUUUAUGAAAAUUUUGUUCUCAGCCUGGACACAGUGGGAAACUUGAAGGAAAUUAUCAUCAAUAGGAAAAAAGGGACUAUGAACUGGGUCAUUUCCCAGGGAGAAACUGGAGUUUCUGAUGUCUGUACUGAACCUGACAUCCUGUUUCCCAGCCUGCAGUUUAAGACCGAACAUGGAAAAUUCCUCCUUGAAUCCCUCCGUGAAAGACCUACCAAACUACUGCAGGAGAAGAAGACAAAAGAUGUCUUUAAGGAAAAGAUUAACAGAAAAGGGAUUCCUUCAGCUCCUCCUCAUAGCGGUCCUGUGAAAGUCAGGGCAGUUGACUUUAAAGAACGGUCAAGGGAGAAAUUCAAGAGAAAAGAACUCCCUAUUAGGAGGCUGUAUGAAGAUGAGGGAAGAUCCUGUGAGGAACUGGAUGGUAAACAACACUUCAAGCAGAACCCAGAACAGAGUCCCACGUUCCUGACCACUAUAUCAAAGCAACAGCAGUAAACUCUAUGGAGUUCUGCAUUUAUAAUGACAACUUUAAUUAUAAAAACAAUAAGAUGAUGUUGAUCCUUAA